AUGGAGUUUCUUCGUUUUUCUGUAUUAGCUGUGUUAUUUGUUACUCUUAUUGCGAGUGAUGCGACGUCGUCUCGUUCGGCUGAAGAAUACUGGCAUUCGAUUUGGCCGCACACUCCUAUGCCAAAGAAUUUAGAGUAUCUUUUGGGAUCUGGUGUGAACGAUGCAGAGAACAGAGAAACUCAAUAUCCCUAUACCAGCUUCUUUGAAGACGACCUUCAUGAUGGCAAAGAAAUGAACAUAAUAUUCAACAGCCCUUACGCUAAAGAAGAGCUGAAAAGUAUUGCUAUGGAGAAAGAUGCGAAGAAGCCGCCAUCUUCUCAACCUUGGGGUGUUGGCAUAUGGAAAAGAAACGCAAUGAAUGAAGAUUCCAAGAAGUCAUCAUCAGUAUCUCUUCAACCUUGGGGUGUUGGCAUAUGGAAAAGAAACGCAAUGAAUGAAGAUUCAGAAAAGUCAUUCGUAUCUCCUCAACCUUGGGGUGUUGGCAUAUGGAAGAGAAACGCAAUGAAUGAAGAUUCAGAGAAGUCAUUGGUAUCUACUCAACCUUGGGGUGUUGGCAUAUGGAAAAGAAACACAAUGAAUGAAGAUUCAGAGAAGUCGUUGGUAUCUCCUCAACCCUGGGGUGUUGGUAUAUGGAAAAAAAACGCAAUGGAUGAAGAUUCAGAGAAGUCAUCGGUAUCUCCUCAGUCCUGGGGUGUUGGUACAUGGAAAAGAAACUCAAUGAAUGAAGAUUCGGAGAAGUCAUCAAUAUCUCCUCAACCCUGGGGUGUUGGUAUGUGGAAAAUAAACUCAAUGAAUGAAGAUUCCGAGAAGUCAUCAGUAUCUCCUCAACCCUGGGGUGUUGGUAUGUGGAAAAGAAACUCAAUGAAUGAAGAUUCAGAGAAGUCAUCCGUAUCUCCUCAAUCCUGGGGUGUUGGCAUAUGGAAAAGAAACUCAAUGAAUGAAGAUUCUAAGAAGUCAUCGGUAUCUCCUCAGCCCAAGGGUGUUGGUAUAUGGAAAAGAAAUGCAAUGAACGAAGACAUAGAGAAGUCAACAGCAUCUCCUUAA